AUGGAUAGUACCAAUAUGAAUGUAGUGGCUCAAGAACAACAAGAAGAAACUCCUGUUGAAGAAACUGCUAAUUUUGUUCCAGAUGAGUCUGCCUCGGGUGAAAAUAGUAACAAAUCUUUAUUGAAAAGUGUUUAUUGGCAAUACUUUAGUAGAUAUAAAGAGGGGGAAGAAUGGAAGGCAAAGUGCAACCAUUGUAAGUCUGUUCUUGGUGCAAAUCCAAGGAAUGGGACUACAAAUUUGAAGAAAUAUGUGCUUCAUUAUUGUAAGAGAAUAAAAUUAGCAAAUUCAAGACAAUCAACAAUUGCCGAAUCUCUUCAAAGACAUGGAAAGAAUAGUUUAGAUGCUUUUAUAUUUGAUGCAUCUCACACAAGAAAAUUUAUUGCCAAGUCCAUUUGUAUGCAUGAGUAUCCUUUGUCAUAUAUGGAUCAUGUUGCAACAAGAGAAGUGUUUGCUUCAAUGCAACCAAUGUUUAAGAUGCCAAGCCGAAACACAAUCAAGAAGGAUAUCUUGGAAAUGUACAAAGUGGAGAAGCUUAACAUAAACAAGAUGAUAGAUGCAAAUGAUAGUCGAGUGGCUAUUACAACUGACAUGUGGACUUCCAACCAGGAAAAAGGAUAUAUGGUUGUUACAGCACACUACAUUGAUAGUUCAUGGAAUUUGCAAAUGCGAGUAUUAAGCUUUACUUAUGUUCCUGCUCCUCAUUCAAGUGAAGUUCUCUCUAAUGCAUUAAUGAAAGUUUUGUUGGAGUGGAACUUAGACAGAAAAUUAUCAACUAUUACAUUGGAUAAUUGUUCUACAAAUGAUGCUAUGAUUGAUGUGUUGUUGGGACGUCUAGACUCAAAUUAUUUGUUGUUAGAGGAAACUGCAUGGCUGUACAGAGAUGUCUUUGCUCGACUAAAACAAAAAGACUCCAAUUAUAAAAGUGUGCCAAGUAAUGAGGAAUGGGAACUUGCGAAAGAAAUUUGUGGUAAAUUAAAACUUUUUUAUGAUGUGACUCAGUUGUUUUCUGGAACUCAAGUUCCAACGGCCAACAUUUACUUUAAUAAAGUAUGUGAGAUACAUGUUGGAUUGGAAAAAUGGGAUGUUUCUCCUAACCCAGUUAUUAGUAGCAUGGCAUGUAUGAUAAAGAGAAAGUUUGAUAAGUAUUGGGAAGAAAUUCAUGGCAUUAUGGGUGUUGCUGCAAUUCUAGAUCCUAGGUAUAAGUUUGAUGGGCUUGAAUAUAAGUUUGCUAGGAUAUGUGAAGAUCCUAAUGAAUGCACAAGGAAAGUUGAGAGAAUCAAACAGGCAUGUUAUGAGUUACUUCAUGAAUAUCAAAAGAAUACUUCUAAUUCAAGCAAUAUGUCAAUGGAAUCUACACAAGAGCUUAGGGUUAAUACAGAUGAUGAUGAUGAUGUUGGUUAUCAAUUGUAUAUUAGACAAAAGAAGAAGGAAAAAGGUUCAUUUGUGAAGACGGAAUUUGAUCACUAUGUAGAGGAAGAUGUUCAUCCUUUAACUCCUGAUUUUGAUAUAUUAGCUUGGUGGAAGGUAAAUGGAGUUAGGUUUCCAACUCUUCAGAAAAUUGCAAGAGACAUAUUUGUCAUUCCUGUGUCUACUGUUGCUUCUGAGUCUUCUUUUAGCACAAGUGGUCGUAUAAUUGCUACUCAUCGUGGUAGUUUUCAUGAAGAUACGGUAGAAGCUCUUAUGUGCAAUCAAAAUUGGUUGUGGGCAGAAUAUUAUAAAAGAGGUGGAAAACCUGAUUAUCAAACUGCUAAUGAAGAUAAUGAUGCAUUUUCUGAACUGACAGAAGAAUAG